AUGUUUAUCUUUAUAAUCGUCGCUUCUUGUCUCUUGUUUAUUACGUCAAAUAUUUCUGGUGUUCAAGUCAAUGAUUCAAUUGUGAAUGGAACCGAUAGUGGUUCAAUUAAUGGUUCUGUUUCAUUCCGCGCCCCCGAAAAAAGAAAUUAUCCAAACCAAGACCAGAGUGGCGAUACAUGUUUGGAUGUGUUAGCUUCGUUAUUACGUUAUAAAAACGGUGGUUCACAAGUCGGAGGAGAUAGUGGAUUUGGUGGUUCCAACACACUUGGUAGAGCAGAGACGUUUAUGAGUACACAUGAAAACGCUGGAAAUAGUGACAAAUGUUUGGAUACAAUACAAUCAUUAUUGCGUUAUUUACAGGAUCAAAGUGUUAGCGAUGGAAGGAGUUACAGAAAAAAAGCAAAAUAUGUAUACAGAUAUAGUCAAGAUGAAUGGCGCUAA